AUGGAGCACAAUUUCGUUGAACCGAGUUGUCUCGUGCCAGUUUCUUUUACCGGUGAUUUGUUCGACGGAGAAAGUGAACAGUUGGACAAGGCUAUAGAAUGUACGAAAAUUACUGAGUUGGAAUGUAAUGACACGGAACUUGUUGAUGAGUUACUAGACCAUAGUUGCCUUGCUGACAAUGAAAUACCAAGAGUUGGGAUGCGGAUGACAAAGCAACCGAUCAACCAAUCUAUCCAUUGCAAUCGGGAGGAUUUCCGGGCGUCUCGUAUCAAGGCACCCAUACGGAAGAACACAAUGGCAGGUGUGGGAUGCAGAGCAAGAAUAUAUGCAAAGUUCGAUAGGGAAAAGCAUGAUUGGGUCUUGUUGAAGGUUGAACUAAAUCACUUGCACCCGUGUUCAACUAGGAAGGCGGUGCACUACCACGAGAACAGGGAGUUAACAAUGCAUGCGAAGUGUAUCAUUGAGGUUAAUGAUGAGGCAGGCAUUCGACCCAACAAGACCUUUCUAGCAUUAGCCAAUGAAGUUGGUGGGCCUUCGAACUUGGGCUUCUCAGAGAAGGACGUCAGGAAUUACAUUUCAUCAAGACUCCGAUCCACAAAUGUAAACGCAGAUGUCAAGGAGAUGCUGAAUUACUUCAUGCAAAUGAAGGAGUUGAAUCCGAACUACUUUUACGCAGUGAAUAUAAAUGAGGAUAACAAGUUUACGAGUGCAGUUUGGGUGGAUGCAAGGUGUAGGGCAUCUUAUGAAUACUAUGGAGAGGUGGUCUCAUUUGAUACUACAUACAGCACGAACCGGCAUGGAUUUCCAUUCGCUGCUUUCAUUGGUGUGAACCACCAUGGUAAAUCUACUUUGCUAGGCUGCGCUCUGCUAGGCAGUGAGGAGAUCCCGAGUUUUGAGUGGGUGUUCACACAAUGGCUGAAGUGCAUGGGAAUGGCACCGAAGGGCAUCAUCACAGACCAAUGCAAGUCUAUGUUUGGUGCAAUUAAGAAGGUCCUGCCCAAUACACGACACCAGUGGUGCAUAUGGCAUAUAACACAAAAGAUACACAACAAGCUUGGAGGUUAUUCUAGGUUCAAAGAGUUGAAUGCUGAGUUGAAACACAUUAUAUGGAACUCUAAGUCGGUUGAGGAUUUCGAGGAUCAUUAG